AUGAAGAUAGGUGAUCACGUUUCGAUCGGAGAGGGUAGCAUUGUCGAAGCGGCCACAAUAGGUUCAUUCGUGCACAUAGGAAAGAAUUGCGUUAUCGGACGUUUCGCUAUUAUUAAAGAUUGCUGUCGAAUUGAGGAUAACACUGUGAUACCUCCAAACACUGUUGUUCCCUCUUUCUCAAUCUACGACGGAUCUCCUGGUGUGUUCGUUGAUGAAUUGCCGGAAUGUGUUCAGGAUCUUUAUGAAACAAAGACGAAGGAUUACUAUGCCAAAUUCCAACCUAAGGAUUGA